UUGAGAAGAGGUAAUGAAAGAGAGUGAAGGAGAGAGCGAGAUGUAUGUGAUAGAUGGUCUAUGUGGUGUGUCAGGAGUGAGAGCUAAAAGAUAGAUGUGCGAGUGUGUGUGUGUGAGUGUGAUGGGGGGUUACUGUGUGUGUCAGUGAGCUAUGCUGCAGUGGAGGGAAGUGAGGGGCGCUGCAGUUCGUUCUGAUGGGAGUCAUUGGGGAUGUUACCUCACCACUGAGCUAUUGAGUCCACCACUUGUUUUGGAUGGGUGGUUCAGAUUGGAAGGAUAGAACCGUUGCCUGUGACACCGAGUGGCUAGCUGUGGAUCAUGAAGUGGAAUCUUUUUAAGAAGAAGCCAGAGGCCAUGGUGGGUCCUGAGCCCACAGGCUUUGGGGGCACCCAAGCACCCAACACUAUGACGAUGGCUCCUGGCCCUUCCCUCUCCACUUCAACUGACAACUCCACCGAGUCCGGACAUUCCUCUAUGGAUGAUGUCUUUGAGAAGAUUAAGAACAAGUUUCUAAAUGAGAUGAAGACCAUCCCAUUGCCUCCCUGGGCUCUGAUCGCGAUUGCUGUGGUGGCUGCUCUCCUCGUCGUCACCUGCUGCUUCUGCAUCAUCAAAAAGUGCUGUUGCAAAAAAAAGAAGAACAAGAAAGGCAAAAAGGGCAAGGAUGGCUUCAACAUGAAGAAUAUGCAGGGAGAUAAACUUCAGGAGGAUGAUGAUGAUGAAGAUGGAGAAACAGGUCUGACAGAGGAAGAGAAAGAGGAGGAGGAAAAAGAGCAGGAGAAACUGGGCAAGCUGCAGUACUCUUUGGAUUAUGACUUCCAGGACAACAAGCUGACAGUGGGGAUCUUGCAGUGUGCUGACCUGAUUUCUAUGGACUCUGGAGGAACCUCCGAUCCAUACGUUAAAGUCUUUCUCCUGCCUGACAAAAAGAAAAAGUAUGACACUAAGGUUCACAAAAAGACACUAAAUCCUGUAUUCAAUGAGACUUUCGUCUUUAAGGUCCCCUACCAGGACCUGGGAGGAAAAACUUUGGUUAUGUCUGUGUAUGACUAUGAUCGCUUCUCCAAACACGAUAUCAUUGGUGAGGUCAAGGUGCCUAUGAACACAGUGGACCUGGGUAAGCCAAUUGAAGAAUGGAAAGACCUGGACAGCGUUGAGAAAGAAGAGCCAGAGAAGCUUGGCGACAUCUGCAUAUCACUACGAUAUGUCCCCACUGCCGGCAAGCUGACUGUCUGCAUCCUGGAGGCCAAAAAUCUGAAGAAAAUGGAUGUGGGAGGACUAUCUGAUCCAUACGUAAAGAUCCAGCUGCUACAAAAUGGUAAGCGUCUGAAGAAAAAGAAGACCACAGUGAAGAAAAACACACUGAACCCGUACUACAAUGAGUCCUUCAGUUUUGAGAUCCCACUGGAGCAGAUGCAGAAAAUCCUUGUGGUGGUCACCGUCUUUGACUAUGACAAGAUCGGCAAGAACGACGCUAUUGGGAAGAUCUUUAUCGGCAGUAAGGCCAGCGGCACAGAGCUGAAGCAUUGGUCUGACAUGCUGGCCAAUCCACGUCGUCCUAUCGCCCAGUGGCACACCCUCAAAGAGGAAGAGGACAUAGAUGGCGCGCUGGCUGGUCUUUUUGCCAAGAAGUAACUUCACCUCUCUACAAACUCAACUAACCAACUAACCUCUUUCCCUAACCCAUUUAGCCCAUCCACCACUGCAUGAAAGCUGAUCUAAUACUGCCCUCGCUGACUCCAGAUAAUCCCAGCGCACAGGAUUCAAGUACUUAAACAGAACAACGUGAAAACUCCUUGUCUUUUCCGAUCUGCUCCAUCCUGUAGUACAUUAAGUAGUAGCAUGGCGAAAGAACGUGAUUUAGCGGGUCAUCUCAUGCUCCUGCAACUGAGGGAUAUUUGCACCAGUGGAGUCAUGAGGCCUCCAUAACAAGCACUGCAUUAUCAUCCAUGGCAUUUUCAUUUACUAUAGUCAGUUUACAUCAACAGACCAAAAUAAUUAAAUUAAAUAAAGUACGUAUAAAUAGAGGGCAGCUUUAAAAAAUAAAGCAGCAGUCACACCAAAUGUAGCAGUCAAACUGAGUUUUAAUAAUUCACUAAAAAAAAGGAAAUUCACUUCCACUGGUACUUUAUUUAGCUUAGUGUCAAGUUCAUCUACAUGAAGUGAACUUUUCAGGAUGUCUGCAGUUAACUUGUUAACCAGUUAAGCUUGUUAACUUUCAUAUGUCAGUUUUAAGUCAUCUGGUGAAAAAAUACAAUAUGACCUUAUUUGGCAUCCUUUAUUUUGUUUAGCAUCAGUAUCAUCAUCAGCAUCAUCAUUUUUUAAGUAAACUGUUCUCACACACUUAUCAUAUGAGCCCACCACAUUUAUAAUGUGACCUAAAUGCCAGGCAUUUUUGUGAUGUUUUCUCAUGAUUUCUCCUCAAAAAUAUAAAACACAUUGGCUUGAUUACAUACAUAUUAGACUAAUAUGUUAAAUUGUUAUUAUAAAACUGCAGUCACCAGCUUUAGUGCUGCAGUAUGGUGGCAUCUGUAAGUUCCCCAGGAGAAAAUUCACAGCCAUCAACAAAGCAGAAGUUAUGUGGGUGUGAAGAACAGUAUCCUGCCACCCAUCAUACAGAGACAACAAUGCAAAUUAUGUUUUUAAACCAGUGCUCCCACAUUUAGAGCUAAAUGGGCAACGUAAAAUAUAAAACAGGCGAGGUUUGCAUUAGUUCUGUACAUUUAAAUGAGCUAAGGUUUAAAAUGCCAUUUGUUUUGAUGUUGAUAAAAUGUUCAAUGUAGACAAUAUAAUGGUAAUAUUAAGAUAGGUAUUUAUUACAUUUGUUACAUUUGUUUAAUUUUAUUUCAUUUAAACACAGCAGACAUCCUGAUGAUAAAUGUUCAUAUGUUUAAAACUUGCAAAAUAUAAUGCGAUGCAAAAAUGAGUUCAGACUCUACUAAAAUAGGCAAAUGAGGGAACUGCUAAUCAUUACGAUGACACUAAAUAAUGAUACUCAUUUUUACUGUAAAUAAAAAACCCAGAUAGCUAGCUAACAGGCUAUUAUCUUUGACAUUUUAUUUUUGCAUUAUUAUGCAGAAGACAAAAAAUGGAGCAUUUUGGCAAACAUCCAGUGUGACUUUUAAAUAGCAUUCAAAUAGAAAUACGUUCAACUAUGUGUUAAAAUAGUGCAGGAGAGCAUUAGGAAUAUUAUACUGUAAACAAAAGAAAUAUAACAAAAGAAGUUAUGACAUUAUAUUAAAUUUCAUUACAUUUACAUUAUAAGUACAAAUAAAUGAUCCAUUCACUGAGUGCUUUUCACAUUAAGUGUCCACUUGAAAGCUGAAAGGCAGCCUGUUUCAUGUUGUAAAUGGGUAUCUGAAUGAACACAUGCUUAAUUAUUCUUAAUUAAAAUUAUUGUUUUAAAAUACAAAUCGAUGAUCAGUGUGAGUACUUUAUAAAUAGUCCCAGGUAAAUAUUCUACACUGAACUUGUUUACAAAGUGAAAAAUGAACAUUUUUGAGCUGCUCAGAAUUUGACUUGAAUCUUCAGACUUUUAAAAGUUAAAUGUGUGUUUGAGUUAAAAAAUAAAAUAAAAAAAGAAUCAGGGCUGUGGGUUUGUAGAGCGUUUUCCAGGUCUCAGUUUAUAUUGUAUGUUUUAAAAAUGAUCUAUUAAUAAAAGUAAACAACAGCAUAAUAAUAUAACUUGAUUUAAAGUGAAUACAGACCUUUUGUAAGAGGUUUGUGUAAAAAUUUAAAAAGAGAUUAUCCAGGUUACAUUGCCUUACAAAAUGUGGACUCAUCUCUCUCAUAUUCACUAAGCCGACAACACACCAUUUACACCACACUAAAAUCAGUUAAGAAUCAUUUGUAAGAAAGAAUCAAUCAGCAUUGAUUGAUAAUGCUGUCUGUUGAAGAAGCUUCUUAUCCAUUUUCCACUAUUUGUAAUGAUUUAUAUAAUGAUUUAUCCAUCCAAUCAAUAUCUAUCCCAUUGUUUCAAGCCUUGGGUUGGUUCAACAUUUCGUUUGCUGGAAUCAAACGCACCUACACCUACAAACUAACCAAUUCAACAGCGUUCACUCGGGAGACAUUUGACAUUUGAAAUGCCAAAGUAAUAACGCAGGUUUAAUGGGAAGGGAUGCAGUUCAUUGAGGAUGUGACAAACACAGUCGAAUCUCUAUUCCUUCAUGUCAGAAGGGCAAAACAAAGCGAUUGUCCAAUUGUAGUGUGUUGGUGUACUCUCCUCUAAUUGUGCUCUGUACAUAUGCAUUGACCAACUUUGUUAAUACAGCAUGUCUAUAACUUGAUGUACAUAGAAGCAUGUUUUAAAGAUAGAACAUAAUUAUAUUGUGUAUAUGUGUGGCAUUUGUCAUUUUGAUAAUAAAAUGUAGGGGAAAAAUCUACUGACUGCACAUUUUAAUAAAUUCCCCAGAAUGGGUGUAGGAAUGAAUGUAAAUCUUUAGCUAAAGAAAUAGAUCCUUCAGGUUUCCUUUUAUUUAUUGUGUGUAUAUGAGAAGUUUUGUUUUAUAUAAAAAUAUGUUCUUAUUGUGCUUUAUUUCUAUUGUCUAGUCAAUAUUUAUCAUGUGUGUAUUUGUUUAGUCUUUUUGUCUUUUUUUUUCCGUUCAUGGCUACAACAUUCUGCUCUUACUUCCAUUCAGGGGUUUUGUGUGUGUGGUAUAAAAGCCCAGUCAGAAGCCAUAUGUGUCGACCCUUUUCCACAAAACCUUGUAAUUCUAGGACAAUAAUCUGCACCUCAAUGGCAAACACAACAGUUUACACUCUUUCUACAUCACGUAGACUAGAAUAUGUAAAAGAAAAAGUCAAAAAAGGAACUUAAAAGGUGUAGUAACGCUUUAUUUUCAUAAACGGUUGAGAAGCAGGACUCAUUUCAUGCUAUUUAAUUCAUGCACAAACAUUGUUAGACUUAGAAUAUUAGUGUGUUAGUGGUAAACUGUUUACACCAGUGUAAUCCAGUACAGAUUGAUUUGAUGUUUUACAUUAAUCAGUACACAAGUGCUUGCAAAAGAUAGGAUUACAAAACAGUUACAAUUCUAGUGAUCAACAUGUACCAGUGGCAUGAUUUUCUUAUGCAAUGUGUCUGUGGUGGUGUAUGCCUGCGUCUGAGUGUGUGUGUAAACAAGUAUUUACAUUAAUCAAUGUUUAAAAAUUUCAUGGGUGUGAUUUGCCAGACGUCUAAAAGACAUUAAUGAAGGUCUUAUUCUCAAUAAGGAAAAUACUAUAUUAAAUGAUAUGAAAAGAAAAAAUGCCUUCAGUGUAAUGUAAUGUGUGAUCUUUUAUUUAUUUAUUUUCCUAGCGUGCAGUUCAUUUCUUCACUGGGGCUGCACAAUAUGGACAAAUAAGCAUUGUGAUUUAAUUGCUACAUUGCUCUUGUAGGAUUUGGAAUUGUUCAAGCCUCUAGUGCAUCUUAAAAAUAGCUAGCAUUAAAUUUUGGAGCAUAAUAGUUUUGAAGCAUUUUUCUUUUUUAAAUAUCAUGGUUGUUCAAAAACAUAUAUCAAAAACAUGGCACAAACAGCAAAACACAACUGUAUUUCUCCACUGAAAUCCAGUACAUUAACCAUGAUGAGUCACCUAAAGAAUGACCUGCAUUCAUUAAAUCAAUCAAAUUAUUUAAUUUUUAUCAGUGCCAGUUUGUGAUUGAUCAACAUAUCCAUAACAUCAUGUUUGGGUGUUUUUCAGAAUGCCCCUUUGUAUAUAGCAGUAUUUUAUGGUUAGUUCGGCCAAGGUCAAUAUUGCAAUAAUUAUUAACAAACGAUAUACUGUGCAGCCCUAGCCAAGACAUGUAGUAGAUUAACCAUGUUUGGGCCUUUGUUGUGUUUAAAAUGAGGACAUUUAAUGUCUGGCAAUAUGGGGGAAAAGCUGUGACUAGCCUACUGUGAACAAGUAUUUUCUAUUUUUGCUUUCCUAUAUUUCCCUGUCUUUGGAAUUGUGCUUACAUCAGAAAUCUAGCAACAAAUCAGCACCCCACCCAUCCUUUAUGUAUUUUGAUGUCAUCAGAAGUUUGUUCUGUCUGCUUUAAAAAAAAAAAAAAAGUGUGCUUUUUGGUCAUGUCAGGCUGCUCUGGACUUUUGUGCUGCUGCUUAGGAUGAAUAGGACCAAUGCCGAGACAACUAUAUGUGUGUUUUUGUGUGACCGUGAUUUAAAGCUGCAGGGGUUCUUUCCCCUCCUGCUAAUCAUACAACAAAAUCCCAGUCUUCCCUGGGACACUGGACGCCAGCUUUCUGGCCCCUUGCCCAUGAUGAGACAUUUAAUUCUACCACCUGUCAGACACAUUAAUUGCAAACACCUUGCUACACAGUUGACAUCACUUACUAACGUGAUCUAACAAUCUGUUUCUGUGUGCUCAUUUCACCGUGAGUCCAUGUAAAGACAUUUCCAAAGACCUGCUCGUUCUCUUCCAUUUUGUCUCGUGUAGAGGUAUCUGUAUCAGUGAUUCCUUCUGUGGAUGCUUUGGCAUGCUUUUAACUUCCCAUACAGAUGAUGCCAUUUAUCAAUGGAAGAUAAGCCUUUGCUACUCCUGUAGCUUAUUGUCAUUCUGUAAACCAAUAAUGUCACUCAUUUAAGAGAUACCAGCCACUAAAAAAGUCUACAUGCAGAUUCAUUCAUUGAUUAUUGACUAGCUAAUCACAUAAAAUAAAGCCUUUUAAAUAUUA